CACGCCUGCCACAAUGUCUACAGCAGCAAAAAGGCAUUGGGAAACAAAUUCAGGAAGGCACUUGAGAUGAAAUGAGACAACAAAUCGAUAAAAUCGACCUUUUGCUCACCUCAAGAAGUUGGUGUUCGGUGUGGUACAAGGUCAUCAUCUCAUCAGUAUGUACUUCCUUCGGCCUCCGUAACAAUGGGUGAAGAUUAUUUUGUGAACCCUGACUUCACCUUCCUGAACAGGAAGUCGCUUCCUUCCGAAGCGUCGAUAUCACUCUAGUACAGUUUCUACGCCCACUCUUUAGACUGCGAAAGCCUACUCGACGAUGGCUAUGCCGCCGGUAGACUCACCGGGGGAGUCGAAUGAAGAAGAAGGGCUCCCCUUUCUGGAUCAGAACCCAAUACCGGAAAAGACGAAGCCAUGGGUGAUCAUGGUCAUACUGGCCUUCGUCCUCGUAGCCAUCAUCGAUAUGGGCGCCUUUCUCGCCGAAGCUCCUCGAACACGCGUAUACGAAGCCAACAUCUGCCUAGGAUACUAUCGAGAGAGCGACCCCUCGGUCAUUGGUGCAGACGGAUCGAUACCUGAGAAGCUUUGUAAGGUGGACGCAGUUCAGCAGAAGAUGGCCAUGAUCUUUGGCUGGCAAGAGAUGUUCGAUGUCAUUCCCAGCAUCUUCCUGGCCAUACCCUUUGGCGCGCUGGCAGAUAAAGUGGGCAGGAAGUGGAUCUUCACUGCGAGUUUGAUGGGACUGCAGCUGAACAGUGCUUGGGUGUUGGGCAUCUGCUACCUCAAAGACCUGCCACUCCAGCUUACAUGGCUCUCGUCAGCUUUUUACUUCAUCGGCGGCGGGCCCAUCGUUGCAGCAGCCAUUGGCAUCACCAUGAUCUCUGACAUUGCACCUCCUGAAAAGCGGACCACCAUAUUCUUGUACUUGACUGCUUCGGUCCUGAUUGCCGAGAUUGUGGCGCCGAUCAUGUCUGCACGUCUUAUGGAGAGCGGAGACUGGUACCCUCUUGUACUCGCACUGAUCUUCCAACAGGCCGGCGUCCUGCUCGCUAUCUUCUUUCCAGAGACCCUACAUCUGCGCGAGAAAUCCAAACAUGACGAGAGCAACACCAGGGAUGUUCAGCUGCAGGUCAAGGGCGGUUUUUUCAGCCCAAAGCAACAAUUACAACACUUUCAGAGUGCGUUCCAGUUCCUGAAGAGCAAUCGGACGCUGGCACUGGUUGUGUUUACAUUUAUGGCGAACAGACUGGGUCGGCAAGGCAUGACACUACUUGUGCGCUACGCUUCGAAACGGUACGAUUGGGAGAUCAAACAGGCUGCAUACCUACUGUCAUUCCGUGCAGCUACCAACUUGGUCGCGGUUGCCCUCUUUCUUCCUCUCACCAACUAUGUGCUACUCAAGCAUGUUCGGUUGCCUACAUAUUGGGCCGAUCUAUGGAUAGCGCGGGGCUCUAUACUGCUCACCUCCAUCUCGUUCCUCGUCAUCGGUCUCGCUGCACAUCCGGCUUUGCUCGUCAUCGGUCUCCUUAUCUAUAACCUGGGCACAGGCUACAACGCCGCCAUGCGGUCGGUGUCGAUUCACGUUGUUGGCGGACAAUCGAGCCCCGACAUUGGCAAGCUUAUGAGUACAAUUGCAAUUGUGGAGAGCCUUGGCGCGCUAGUCGCUGGUCCGUUACUCAAUCAGCUGUUCCAAUGGGGUAUGAGCCUGGGCAGUGUCUGGCUCGGCUUGCCGUUCUUGACUGGCAUGCUUGUGUUUGCUGGUCUCUCGGUUGUUAUUUUCAAGAUCGAUGUGGGUGACAAGGAGGUAGCAUAUACUGAAGUCCAGAGUGAAGUUGAAGAUGAAGUUUUCGAGCUGCAAGGAAGGGCAAGCACGUCUGCGCUCGAACACGACGGCUCCACUUCAACUGUUCAUCGACACGCUCCACCUAUUGUCGAACCUCUGGACCCGGGUGUGGCACAACAACAUGCCAUAGCUGCUGCCACUGCUGCUUUCGCUCGAUCUCAAGCUCAAGGGUCGACCGACCGUAAAGCGAAUCGUAGCAUUGAGCUCGUCAGGAGCAAGAGCACCACGAGUCGCAAGUCACUUACUUCGCAAGGCAGCCACUUUCCUCCGCGAGAAUUGAACGUUCGAUCUGUACCACCGCAAAAGAGUAUACAGACAACCAGCACCCAUCGCCUCUCCGUCGCAUCUGCACCAAAUACAGAGAAGUUCCCCUCUUUCAACCCUACGCCUGGCAGCGACAGACCGACAUCAUCGACACGCCCAUUAUCCGCACAACCUUCAGUCACCUUCAGCGAGUAUGGGCGUCCCGCUUCCCAGCCGAAGUCUCAUCGACAGAGCGCAGCUUCUUCUAUCACAUCGCAACAGAUCAGGAAAGCGCGGUCCAUGUACUAUGCCAGCAGCGUCCAGACCGGAUCACCUAUCGCACGACCGCCUGCAAAGUAUUUGACCACUCCACCGCCAAUUAGCCCCGGUCCUGCAUUGAGCACUGCACCGACGGCUUACAUUCCGACUCGAAGUACAGGUCCAUCGCCACUUGCUGUGCCUCGAGUUCCUGUAGCUGUUGCGCCGGAUGAGACGAUUGAUAGCGCUCGAGACAAAUACUUGCAGGACUUUCAGCAACGAUCGAUCAAACACAAGCCAUCCCUGUUCCUGGCUCCGUUCAAGAAAAGGCAGGACAAAUCGAAGGACAAGGCCAAACGUCUCUCAUCAAUUAUCGCGUCGGGCCCUUCCACAAGCUACCACUUUGCGGAUGAUACAGCGGGCGACAUCACCGUGAGCGACUUCAUGCCACAAUCGGACGCUAAGGAUAGACGUUCCUUUUCUGGAUCAUUGAAGAGGAAGAUCAAGAGGGUCUUUAGACGGACAUCCAACAAGUCCCCCCGCCUUCCAGUCCAACAGAUCGAAGCGAGUCGCGAAUACUUUGGGACCACCGAUACCACAGUGUCGAACACGGGUAACCAUGGCGACAUACCAAGCCCCGACGAGGAGCUGCUCCAGAGAGUGCGAUCUCAGACCUUGACACAACGCGCCAUCAAGCGUUUAACGGUGAUACAUGAAGCCAAAGACAGCAUCGGGAGUAUCACGGAUAGGUCGGCAUCAGCAUUAACCAAGAGGAAAUUGCUACCUAUUCCUGCACUUUCGGCCUUCAAGGACCCUAUGCACAUGGAAAGCCUUGCAGAGGAAGCGUCAACGCCACCAGUCGACCCGAAACGCGUUUUCUCAGCUCUUAUGCGCGAAAUCGAUGCGUCGAAGUCCGCCGAACGUUCGGCUGAUCAGUCAGAUCGCACACCAGGCGCAGAAAGCGACGUAUUUGAGUCCAGCAAAACCAAGGAACUGCACUCCACAGUUCGAGAACUACACUCUAGUGCCAGUAGAGACUUUGACCUGCCCGAAAUUACUGAGCAGAAGGUCCCAGCACGUCGUCCCGCAAGUGUAGCGGCGCGUAGUGUCCAAAGCAAGAAAAGCUCGAUCAAGUCCUUUGGGCAAGCCAUCAGGUCCACAAUACGCACAGUUACGCCGAGUGAACGACGAUCUUCACCUUGUCCUGAUCAGCCGGUCAGCGAACAGGCGAAUACGAACACCCCUUCGUCAGGCGCUUCAUCGAAAUCACCAAGUGACCGGGAUAACCGCACGGUUAUCUUCAAGGGUCUUCGCAUCUCAAAGAAGAAGUUAAUAUCUGCACCAACAGCAGAACAGAUCGAGAUGCGAGUGGCGAAGGCAAAGACCAGGUGGCAGACUCCUCUGAACGAGAGUGCGACCCCUCAGUUUCCGCGUGAGACAGACCGACUUUACACUGCCGUCAAUUUCGCUCAACAGCAACCUCCGGAUCAAGCGAAUGCGACCUGCGAGCCACCGGCGUCUCCACAAUCGCCUACGGUACAGUCAUCGAAGGCGAUGCAAACACCCAUGUCUCCCAGCGUCUACUCCCGGAAUACUGAUGGCGUCAGCAUCCUUCCCAACGACAGUGUAAUGUCUUUCAACAGUUCUUAUGAGCAUGAGCGCACACAUCAUGGAGGCUCAGCGGUCAUUUUGACCAGUCAGUCUGUGCGAAGCUACGUAAUUGGGACUCCAUCACCAAAUCGACCACAUUCGACACGCUCUAGCCGUGAUUGGAAGGCCUGGCUGUCACAUGAGGUUUCGGGGAUCGAGACCACCAGUCAAGAGGAUAUAACGAUCCAGGGACAAUACGCUACGCCUUCCGGACGACACAAGCAGACCAAUUCGAGUCGAUCCCGUCUAUCCAAAUCGCCAACUAGCAGUGUUGGAUCGUCACUGAAGUCACCCAAAACAACACCCGGGCCUAAGGUCAUCUAUUCUGACAUCUCUGCUCCGGCUACAAGCUCGACCACAGCCAAUGUACCGAGUACUGCCUUAAGAAGGGCUGAGAUUCCGCAGAAGAGCAAGGAAAACAUCACACCGCCAUCAAUGGAUUGCCACAAAAGACCAAAUACAUCGCUACUCGGAUUGGUCUCACGGCCCAAGUCACUGCAGCCACUUUCUUCGGCAAUUCUGAAUAGAAGCUCGACCAACAUGACGCAGUACGCGGUCAAUGUAGCAGAAGGAGGCCAGUCCAAGCGCGCCUCUAGUCCAGCCGAGACAGUGGUCGCUCGCCCUAGCUUGCGUGUUACCAUACGGCCACUGUCACCUGAGAAGCUGUCGCGGCGGCCUCGAAGUGCAUUCGACCUGCGUAACACACCUUCACCCCGACUCGCAUCUGAACUUCGUCGCCCCGCACUGCACCCCAAGACUUCUUCACGCUUGCUAGCUCAUAGAAACGGCUCAAUCUCUAGCGUGGAAGCGUCUUCUCACGAAAUUGGUGAGACGGAUCAGCGCGAUGGCAGUGCGACACCUGGCCAGCGUAUGGCUGAGCGCUUCCUAAAGGAGCGGAAGUCCGCUACGGUGCUUGAGCGAGGAGUGAGAAGGAGCCCAGGGAAGUUUGUAAGGGAGGAUACGCCUGCAUUUCUUUAG